CUCUUCCGUGGCGUGUGGUAAUUGUCAAUUUGUCAAACACUGACUUGCAACAUCCCAUUAAACUCCAAGAAGUAGUCAAAAACUCCCUUCUUUCCCCCCUUCUCCCUCCCUUCCCAUUUCUCUCUCCCAUCUUUUUCUCUCUACAAUUCAAUUUUACAUACCGAUAUAUAUAUAUAUAUAUUCAUAUGGAUAUGUAUGCAUAGAUACGCAAUUCAAUCGCUCUUCGAUCUUCGAUUCUUGUUGGAGAAGAAGAACAACGUUUAACAACAAAAAGGAGCGAUUGAUACAGAGAAAGAAUGUGUGGGAUAUUCGCGUAUUUGAAUUACAAUGUCAACAGAGAGAGACGUUACAUCCUCGAAGUCCUCUUCAAUGGACUUAGGCGUUUGGAGUACAGAGGCUACGAUUCCGCCGGAAUUUCCAUCGAUUCUUCGUCGUUGCCUUCUUCGCUUUCUGAUCUUCCAAACGGUUCCUCUCCCCAUUCUCUCCCUCCUCUCGUCUUUCGCCAAGAAGGAAACAUUGAAUCGCUCGUCAAAUCGGUCUAUGAAGAGGUUGCUGUUACGGAUCUAAAUUUGGAGGAAUCAUACUCUGUCCACGCUGGAAUAGCACACACCCGAUGGGCAACCCAUGGGGAACCAGCUCCGAGGAAUAGUCAUCCUCAAACAUCUGGUGCUGGAAACGAGUUCUUGGUUGUUCACAAUGGAGUUGUCACUAAUUAUGAGGUAUUAAAGCAAACGCUGGUCCGACAAGGGUUCACCUUUGAAUCUGAAACAGAUACAGAAGUUAUUCCAAAGCUUGCCAAAUUUGUUUUUGACAAAGCAAAUGAAGGAGAGGAUCAUUCUGUCACAUUUGUUCAAGUUGUGCUUGAAGUUAUGAGACAUCUUGAAGGAGCCUAUGCUCUCAUUUUUAAAAGCUGCCAUUAUCCAAAUGAAUUGAUUGCUUGCAAACGUGGAAGUCCAUUGCUCCUUGGUGUUAAAGAAUUAACAGAUGAUGUGAACAAUGGAGCAUCAUUUCAUGAUGACAAAUUCCUUUCAAAGAAUGGGCAACCCAGAGAAUUCUUCCUAUCCAGCGAUGCUAAUGCUGUAGUUGAACACACAAAAAAGGUUUUGGUAAUUGAGGAUGGUGAAGUUGUUCAUCUUAAGGAUGGAGGCGCAUCAAUCCUCAGGUUUGAUCAUGGCAAGGGAAAUCAUAGUGGUGCUCUUGCUAGGCCUGCUUCAGUGCAACGUGCUUUAUCCAUUCUUGAGAUGGAGGUUGAACAAAUAAAUAAAGGAAACUAUGAGCAUUAUAUGCAGAAGGAAAUUCAUGAACAACCAGAAUCACUAACGACAACAAUGCGGGGUAGGCUUAUACGUGGAGGUUCCUGCAAAGCCAAGACCGUUCUUCUAGGUGGACUGAAGGAUCACCUCAAAACAAUAAAGAGAAGCAGAAGAAUUGUCUUUGUUGGUUGUGGCACGAGCUACAAUGCUGCUUUAGCUGCAAGACCCAUAAUGGAAGAACUUUCUGGUAUUCCUGUUACACUGGAGGUCGCAAGUGAUCUGUUGGAUAGGCAGGGACCAAUAUACAGAGAAGAUACAGCUGUUUUUGUUAGUCAAUCUGGUGAAACUGCAGAUACUUUAAAUGCACUGGAGUAUGCUUUAGAAAAUGGCGCUUUAUGUGUUGGAAUUACAAAUACUGUUGGUAGUGCAAUUGCUAGGAAUACACACUGUGGUGUGCACAUCAAUGCUGGCUGCGAGAUAGGUGUGGCCAGUACCAAGGCUUACACGAGUCAAAUAGUAGUGAUGGCUAUGUUGGCGCUAGCCAUUGGAGGUGACGCACUUUCUAGUCAAGCAAGAAGAGAGGCUAUAAUAGAUGGCCUAUUUGACUUGCCAAACAAAGUCAGAGAAGUGCUGAAGCUUGACCAGGAAAUGAAGGAUCUUGCAAAACUAUUGAUUGCUGAGCAGUCACUUCUUGUGUUUGGAAGAGGAUAUAACUAUGCAACAGCACUUGAGGGUGCUUUGAAAGUAAAGGAGGUGGCACUUAUGCAUAGUGAAGGAAUACUUGCAGGCGAAAUGAAACAUGGUCCACUGGCUCUAGUCGAUGAAAAUCUCCCAAUUGUUGUUAUUGCUACCCGUGAUGCUUGCUUCAGCAAGCAACAAUCAGUUAUUCAGCAACUUCAUGCUCGCAAAGGUCGGCUGAUAGUGAUGUGUUCAAAAGGAGAUGCAGCAUCUGUUUGUGUUGGUGGUUCUGGCCGAGUAAUUGAAGUUCCUCAGGUUGAGGACACUCUUCAGCCUGUGAUUAACAUAGUUCCAUUGCAGUUGUUGGCUUAUCAUCUCACUGUUCUACGGGGUCACAAUGUCGAUCAGCCUCGCAAUCUGGCAAAGAGUGUCACAACCCAAUGAAGAUGGUUUAUUCAUUAAAAUCGUGUUUCUUUGGUUUUAGAACUUAGUGAAAUCAUAUAUUCUAUUGGGUUACUUUAACUUCCUAACGCCCUAACCCCCUGUAACUUUCUGACCUGCUAAGUUAAAGCAACUUUUGCGUUUUUUAUGUAACUUAGGACGCAUUAUCCCACCACUCCUUGAUGAAUCUUUCUCCUGUAUUAUCUAUGCACGGAUUCAUUUCGUCAUUUAAUUCCUUUUUUAUUGACAUUGAAUUGA